UGUAAUAGCUACCAUUGUAAGCUUUAUUGAUUGAAAGACAUAGGCCGUAAAAUCAAUUUUUAUUAUCUAAUUUCAUUAAAUAACAUUUAGUGAACCCAUAGUCUUUUAAAAGCGUAUAGAGCAAGAGAGCUAGAAAGAAAUAAGCUUAUGAUUAACGCUAAACAUGGGCAAGAUAACGGGACUUCUGUUUUUCUUGUUCACGUCUGUACGGGUCACUCCUAGUAUGAAGAAUACAGUGAAUGAUAUCUACAGAGUAAGAAAAGACGUCUUGACAAAGUAUCGCAACACGGAAGAGUAUGAUUUAGGUCAGAGAAAAGGACCCUUGAAACAAAUGGAUACAAGAGAGACUCGUACUCCUUAUGGACACUUCAAUUCCGACACUGCUUUCAUUUCACCAAAAAAUAUUUUGAAAGCAACAAGGCCAUUGGCGUUCCAUUUAGGGAACCUGAAAAAUCAGACUUCUCCAUGUUCCACCUGGAAUCUUACAGUGGACUGUUCCUAUAAAUCUCUUGACCACAUCGAGUCGUCCUGGUUUCCCAGCAACACCACAGUCCUCCUUCUCAACAACAACAAGCUAGUCACUUUGCACAACGAAACAUUCGCCCAACUGACAAAUCUGACAAGACUUGAUCUCUCAAGCAAUGACAUUCGAAGAAUAGACGCCGGCGCAUUCCAAGGGCUGCACAAUUUGCAAGAACUGAACCUACACAUGCAUUGCUGUAAUUUCACUGAUCAUUAUUCCCUGGAAAGCGUAUUCGCUCCUCUACGAAACUUACGCAUUUUGAAUGCUAUGCACAAUAGCGAUGUCGGUGUAUUGACGUAUAGCUACACAUUUCUGACAAGGUUGCCGCUGCUUCAAAGUCUUUCCAUUGACUUUGACUUGGACACUCUCUAUUGUGGCCCAGAGUUCAACGAUCUGAAAAAUCUGACAUUUUUACAAUUUUCAGGGCAAGUGAUGUACAUCGAUGAUAGGUCAUUUCAAAAUGUUGCACAAUUAAAAAAUCUCUCAAUGGACCAUCUGAGUAAUAUUAAUAACAUUAGCCACAAUGCGUUUAAGCCUCUAAGUAAUUUGAAAGUCCUCACAAUGUACCACGUUUUGCUUUAUGUUCAGGAGAUUUUGAGCCUGUUGGAACCAUUUCAAGGCAGGAAUAUGACUGAGAUUACUCUAGAUACCACAACUAGAACCUUGACUCAGGUGAACCCAACGAGGAACGGCAUCCUGACUAAUCAUGAUACUAAAUACCUCAUGAAUAUUUGUCUGGAGAGUUUCACAUUGAUCGACAACAGAAUAUUUUAUAUUAAACCGGAUGCUGUUCAAAAUAUAUACACGUGGAAAAAAUGUUUGAUGCAUCUAUAUAUAGCAUCGAAUCCCAUCCAGGGCAAUAACUUUGCCUUGAUACGUUUGUUCACGCUUGAUAAUUUAAAGUCCUUCACUUUUAUCAACAUGUUUCGAGCUUGCCACGAGUUUCAACCUUUCCCUCAAUCUAGUCCUCCCGCUACCAGGAAUGUAGCUUCUAGUUCAAUCUCAAGUCAAAAUAAUCACUACCAGAAAGAUACGACUUCAAACCAACAACAAAUGAUAAGGCAUUCUCCUUUCAGUCCAUACCUAGACAUGAUUGACGAAAAUCCUUAUCAGCUCAACAUUCCCAAUUACAUUUUUAUUUCCCCAAGCUUACAAUAUAUGAACUUUCAAAGGCUGGUCAUGUCCCAGUCGUUUGAAUAUCAUUUUAUAUUAGUCGGGGCACAAAACGUGACGUCCCUUGACAUCUCAGACAGCGGAUUCUAUCGGUUCAAUGGGUUAAUGGAAGGCGUUUCGGCGAUAAAAACUUUAAUAAUAUCCGGAAAUGACGUCAGCGUACUUUCUGUUUCAUUUUUUGACACUUUUGUCUCUUUAGAAAACUUUGCCAUUUCCAGUUGUAAACUUGAUCGUGAUUUUAUCUCGCUGAACAGCCGAAGGAUAUUUCAAAAUCACACGAGACUUCAAGAGCUCGAUAUUUCGUCCAAUUCUCUGAAUUAUCUUUCCCAAAACACCUUCUCGUAUAAUAAUCGCCUUAUGUGGCUUAAUAUGUCUGGAAACCAGUUUAAGGACAUUCCGUUUGACUUGACCAACACCCCAGAACUCCAAUUUCUGGACAUUCGCUUUAACUCUUUAACUACAAUAGACGAGACCACGGCUCAGCAAAUGGAUCAUCUCGUAACCAAGUCUGGGAAAUUGGAAAUUUUGCUGGAAGGGAAUGUCUUGUCAUGCAGCUGUAGUGAUUUGUCAUUUAUGCGUUGGAUGAGGAUGACAUUAGUGACAUUUGAUCAAAACGGAAAUUUCACUUGUAUGAACACCGAUGGGGAGAGAAAGUAUACACUAGAUUACUCAAACCUGGAUUCCUUGUGGAGAGAAUGUUGGGGCAGUUUUUUCUUAUAUUUUGCAUUGAUAAUGCUGUGUCUUUAUUGCAUUGGAGUAUUUGCCGUUUUUAUCACAAUGAGAAACAAGAAUUUUAUUGUUUCUUUUUUCCUGCAGCUCUUUGGGGGAUUCAAAUUACACAGCAGACGUGACUACCCUGUCGGUGUAUAUAUCGGAUAUUCUGAUAAAGAUUAUCAGUUUCCUUGCAAAGAAUUACGAAGUUUUAUCGAAAGUUCACUAAAAUUAAAGACAUUUUUAAUAGACCGCGAUCUUAUAGCUUCGGUUGAUAAAGCCAGUGGGAUUAUCGAGGCUUUGAACGCCAGUUGGAGAAUCCUUCUCGUCUGCAGCAAAAGUUUCUUGAAGGAAGACGAUUGGUCAAUGUUUACAAUGAGGUCAGCUAUUUAUACACAGACUCCAGCUAAUCCUGCUCGUGUUGUUGUGUUGGUUCACAAAGAUUGUCUUCCCUUGCUUCCUCCAGCGCUUCUGAGCUCAGUCAAUGAUGAGAAUAUUUGUGCUGUGUCGGAGUGGGCGAUGAACUACGAGAUGAUGCAAAUGUUGACCACUCGAUUACAUUAAACAUAAUCUUUAAGAAAAACUCAUGUUUUUCAAUCCUUUGAUAAUAAAAAUGAUAACUAAA